UAGAAAAAAAUCCCUUGAAUCAUAGUCGGGUCUUCAUUUCUGAUCGCAUAGUAUAAUCUGCGUUGAUUAAUGAACAAACGCCUACAUAUAGGCAACACACCAUACACGAAAUUAUUCUUUACGUUUGUGUGGUUGUCUAAUCUCUUCCAAAGUGGUACCCCUGAAUCCGCACAAGUUUUUAAAACAUUUACGACAACAAACUCUUUAAAAUCAGACUUUUUUCCAUACUUAAAAUGGAGGUGUCCGACUUUGCCACGAUCGACCUGAACUGCGACUACGAAAAGAUAUCGCCCAUUCUGCAAAAGCGAAUUGUCGUUUUCGUAAAUCAUUUCUUAUCGAGCACCGUCUCGUUCUUAAACACAUUCGCGCAGUCUUGCGAGUCACGUUUGAUGGAAUUCGAGUAUAAAAUCCAAAAGAUCGAAGCCUCUUUGUUAAUUUUAGAGUCGCAAUUGUCCUCAAUAUCCGUGCUAAACAAAGUUGCAGAUAACGAGACUAAAGCUAGUGAAGUCGAACUACUUGAACUCCCUGAAGUAUCGGAGGAGAAGAAUGAGACUGUUGACAAUUCUAACCACGUGAAAGCGGCCGACGAUCCUAGAUAUCAAAAGUUCUUCAAAAUGCUACAGUUUGGGGUUCCUCUUCAAGCGGUUAAGAACAAAAUGGCAGUGGAAGGGUUUGAUCCGGACCUACUAGAUAAUCCUAAUGCGAAUGUUAGGAAUGACUCGGUUGAAGAUUAGUAGUUAAUUUAGUGUUAAUAAAAUCGUUCAAGAAUUGUUUAUAUUAUAUAUUCAGUACAGCUAUACAAAAAAACUUAAAACUGAAUCAUUUGUCCUUUACGUUUCUUGUCACCACCAAGUUCAAAGUGCUUGCAACGUUUAAGGGGAAGUUGUUUACGAUAUUUGCAUUCGGAACAUUCCAUACG